AUGUGCCAGCACAGGUUGCAGUGGUUUCUGACAGUCUGGCAAAAGUCUUGGGUCACAGCAGUGAUGAGAGUGAAGCUGCUACUUUGCAUUCUCCAAUCCAAAUUGACAUUUCUGCCCCCAGGCUGGAGCCCUGCCAUCAGAGUGUUGUCGAUCUUCUACUGUCAUCAUUCUGCCAAAACCUAAUCGCUGCUUCCUACUUUAACCCUCCUGACAGGCAGGGACCAUGUCUCUCCUUGUUUGUGAAGAUGAUAUGUGGACACAGGAAUCUCUUACCUGGGCUUCUGCGCAGGCUCUGCCAGCUUAUUUAUCACCAGGGUCCUUCCCUGAAUGAUGCUCAUAUUUUAGGUCUAGCAGCUUUUGUGGUCCACUUAAGCGAAUCCAGAGCUUUAAUUCCUGAAGUGGAAGCCAAUUUUGGGAUUUCUCUGCCUGUUCCUGCAAAGCUCCUUUCCCUUGCUGAGUACUGGAACUGCUUGCUAGUGUGCAGGACGGAAGAAUCGUUUGCCUUCUGCAUGAGGUUUUGCACUGCAGCGGUAUCUUACCUUAUGUGCAAGUUUUCAUCCUGCUCUCAUGAGGAUUUGUGUGCCUUGCUUCCUCCUAGCCUUGUUAAAAAGCUGCAGUACAUCGUGCCACGGCUGAGCUUGGAAGCUCGUGGAAUCCUGUGCGAAAAGGCUAAAACGGACCUACUCUGGAGUUCCCUGUCACAUCCCUCUCUGAACUACAGAAGAGCCAGCCUCUGUUUAUGGAAACAAGCACGAUUUCAAGAGCUCUUGAAAGAAGAAGCAUUCCAGUUGUCUUUCAGAGAGUGGCUGCUGUUGGAGCUGGAAGUGUACCCUGAAAAGGAUAUUCUGUCUGCUUCAGAAAGGCAGGAUUUCCAUUAUUGGGCCAUCUAUCAGUGGUAUCUUCCCUCACCUUCUGCUUGUGGUGGCUGCGAUGGAGACCUAGAGAAGGCAUGUGGCAUUGUUAUCAAUGCCAUUCUGGAUUCCUCACAAAGGUUGGACCUGGGUAGCUGCAGCCAGUCAAAGAAAUCUGUCAAUCCUGAUAUCCUCUGCAAGCUGCAGGAGAUGGUGCUGGAGCUGGGGUGUCGGCAGAGGUUGCUUCCUCGCUGCACCAGACACUUCCUGUUGGAGAUUCUCCAGGAAAGACUGAAAGACAGAAAACCUGGCUCUGCUUUGGGUGAGCAGUUGUGGAGGCAGCAGGAGCUGCUGCUGCACAGAAGGGUCCUGGUGGGGCUCCCUGCAUCCACUCUGAUCAUGACAUGUCGAAAAGGAAAGAAAACAGUGUUGGACUGUGAAGACUUUUUCCGUUUUGUGAACUCAGAGCUGAAGAACGUCUGUUCCAGAGGUUAUGCUCUCUCCUACGACAUCACUGCUCAUUUCUUCAGGGGCCUGCUUAAUGCCAGCUUGGACUGUGAGGAAUUUGCAGAAGGGAUCAAUGAUGUUCUAACAGCGUGUCAAACCAAGUGUCCCAUUGUGCUUUUCUCUGCAGCGCUUUGGUGGCCGAGGCUGGAGCCAGUACUUUGCUCUCAGUGGAAAAGACUCUUUGGGGUUCCGCUUGCAGAAGAACUGGAAAGACUGAAGGAAUUGAAGUCCUCAGCUACCAGCUUCCUUUCUUCAGGAGUGGUCUUCUCUCCCUCUGACCCUCCUUGGAUUUCAGCUGCCUUCCUCCAUUGUACUGUUCAGCAGCAGUCACCACGUGGACAAGAGAGAGAGGCAGUGAAGAGGCUGGGGACUGACACACAACAGCUUCUUGUUUCUCUGCUGUUCUUCUCACUCAUGGAUCUCAUCUCAGCAAAAAUAGCACCAAAGGAAGGAGUGGAUUUUCAUGUGUCUCUGGAAUGGUCCCUGGAGAUCUUGCAGUGCCUGGAAGAGAGAGGUGCAUCCUGGCCACUGCUUUUCCAUUCAGCAGAGAAAGACCCUAGGCAGUACUGUGUCCUGCGCAGCGCAGCCUCGGACCGUCACAUCCGGCUCCUGCCUCUGGCAUUCUACAGCCUCACCCCGGGCUUUCACCACGAGCUGCUCACUCGGGAGCAGACUUUCCUCUAUGUGGCACUCGAUUUCUACAUCCAGCUGCUUCGGCUCUUUGUGGAAGGGAAAGACCUGCCCCAGCCAGAUCCUGGGGAUCCCCUGGAGGUGAUCUCCACAGCCCGGCGGUUCCUGCUUGGUGUGAUCCCACGAUGCCCUGCCCAAAGCUUUGAAAACAUACAACCGCUACUGGCCACCUGUGAAGAACUUGACCCAGAGCUGGGAGCCACCCUCCUGCACAUCUUGAGGCCCACUGCAGCCAUGGAGCUGGAUGAAGAGCUGGUCUUGUUCUGA